AUGGAUUUUCAAAAAGUCGUUGAAUAUGCAAAAAAAUUUACAGAACGAUCAGACAAUAAUUUUGAUGAUUUUUUGGUAGAUCGUUUACAUAAUCGAUAUACGGUUGCAGCAUUGAUCUGUUUUUGUGUAGCUAUAUCGUCCUAUCAAUACAUAGGUAAUCCAUUGCAAUGUUGGGUACCAGCACAAUUUACUGACAAUUACGAAACUUAUACGAAUCGUCUGUGUUAUAUACAAAAUACCUAUUAUGUUUCAAAAGAUCAUCAAUUACCUGAUGAUCACGGUCUUAGACGCGAAAGAACAUUAAAAUAUUAUCAAUGGAUUAAUUUUGUGUUGCUAUUACAAGCAUUAUUUUUUAGUUUUCCACGCAUAAUAUGGCAAUCGUUUAAUGAUAAAAUUGGUUUAUCACUAGGAAAGUUAGUAGAUGCAUCAAAUAAAUAUGAAUUAUUGGACGUCACUCAAGAACGUGGAACAGUUGUUCAUUAUAUAUCGGAUACAUUAAGUCGUUAUGACGAAUAUGUUAAUCCAACAGAUGAUAAUUUAAAAGCAGCUCAUCGAUUCUAUCGUCGUAUUGUUUUAUGUUUUCGUGCUCGAACCGGCUCAUCAUUAGUUUAUUUUUAUUUUUUUAUUCAAAUUUUGUACAUAAUCAAUCUUUUAUUCCAGAUAUUUUUUUUGCAAUAUUUUCUCAGUUAUUAUGACGUUAAUUAUAUUCACUAUGGUUUAGUAACAUUUAGAGCUUUAUUCACAGGUAACAAUCUUCCAGAAACAAAAUUAUUUCCUCGUAUAACUUUAUGCGAUUUCAGUAUUCGCGAAUUAGGUGAAAUACAUCGUUAUACCGUUGAAUGUAUUCUAGUUAUUAAUAUAUUUAUUGAAAAAAUGUAUUUUCUUCUAUGGAUUUGGUUUUGGAUAUUAUUGGUGGUAACAUUGAUCCAUUUUAUUCUCUUAUUUGGUCGAGUAUUUAUAUUUCAUUUGAGAAAAGCGUUUAUUAAACAAAAUUUAGAAUUAGUGUUAAAAGAUCGUGGAUUGAAAGAGAGAGAAUUAAAAAAUUUCAUAUCAAAAUUUCCAAUAGAUAAUUUAUUUGCAUUAAAAGUUAUGGCACAUAAUUCGAAUACAUUUGUUGUCGCCGAAGUUCUAUAUGAUCUGUAUAAUAAGAUGAUUGGAAGAAGUUCAGAUGUAUAA